CGCGCCCUCCACUCCCGGACGUGCGUGGCUUGCAGGAAGAUGGCGGCCAGAAACACACGGCGCUCUGCAGACUUCCAGCAAACAUUUUUUCUGAUGUUUCUGUGCUUUUGUCUGCUGGCCGACGCUGAAAAAGUACAAAGUCAGAAUGUGUUCAGCGCCAGUCGCGCGGCUGCAGUACCCAUCAGCGCCGCUAGGGACCUAAGAUACCUUCUAUACGACGUCAACCCCCCGGAGGGUUUCAACCUGCGAAGAGAUGUUUAUAUCCGCGUAGCGUCCCUGGUCAAAUCUCUGAGGAAGCACGGCGACGACUGGGUCCUGGUGCUGCCCCCCUGGGGUCGCCUGUACCACUGGCAGAGCCCCAACAUCCACCAGCUGCGCAUCCCUUGGAGCCACUUCUUCAGUCUCAGCAGCUUACAGGCCAACGUCCCUGUCAUUGAGUAUGAAGACUUCAUUGCAGAGAACGGAGGGCCGUUCAUUGAUCGAGUUGUGGUCCUGCAAAAUUACGCCGAGGGAUGGACUGAUGGGAAAUGGGAGGAGAAAGUGGACGAGCGGCCGUGCGUGGACAAGCUGAUGUACAACAAAGACAAACAUGGCUACUACAGAGGCUGGUUUUGGGGCUUCGAGGAGACCAGAGCUGCCAACGUGAGCUGCAUGUCGGCACAAGGCCAUGCCUCCAUCAUGGUCCCGGUUCUGCAGAACAACAUUUCAGCCACCUCAGUGAUGCUUGACCGAGCCGAGACUCUCCUCCAUGACCACUAUGCUGGGAAGGACUACUGGGAUAGCCGCCGCAGUAUGGUGUUUGCCAAGCACCUCCGCCUCAUCGGAGACGACUUCCGAGCAAAGUACCUCAACUCCACAGACCACGGCGACCAGACUGUUUACAACGAAGACUGGACUCGCAUGAAGGCUAAGCUGGGCACUGCCAAAGGCGGCCCCUAUCUCGGAGUCCACUUGCGGCGAAAGGAUUUCAUUUGGGGCCACAGAGAGGACGUACCCAGCCUGAAGGGGGCAGUCAAGAGCAUCCGAAGCCUUAUGAAGAAGCACAAGUUGGACAAAGUGUUUGUGGCGACGGACGCAGACGAGGAAGAAAUGAAGGAGAUGAAGAAGAUGAUGCCUGAGAUGGUCAGAUUUGAAGCUUCCAAGGAGGAUCUGGAGCUCUUUAAAGAUGGAGGAGUGGCCAUCAUUGAUCAGUGGAUUUGUGCCCAUGCAAGAUUCUUCGUGGGAACGUCCGUGUCCACUUUCUCCUUCCGGAUCCACGAAGAGCGAGAAAUCCUGGGUUUUAAUCCCAAAACCACGUACAAUCGUUUGUGCGGGGACGCAGAGGAGGAGUGUGAGCAGCCCACUCACUGGAAGAUAGUUUACUGACGUCACUUUGCAUUCUCUUCAUACACACAAGUGCCAGCAACAGUGUUACUCCAAGGUAUGCCACUACCACUCUUCAUAGUUACAAGGUGGGAAACUUUCUCAAGUGUUAGGAGUUUUGCAAUCAGGUGCCAAACCUCUAAUUACUUCUUUUUUGAAGUCACCAAACACAGUACAUAGCCCCACAUUCUAGGCCCCCCUACGCCAGACUCCUGAUAAGGGAACUGCUACACCUUUCUUUCAAUGUUGUCUAUCCUUCACAAGAAUAGUAUAAGACCAACACACAUUCUUUUCCUUUUUUAGGCAUUCUCACUCAUAAAUAAAGGCUACCAAGAGUCAGCUAAUAAUAGAGCCAAUGAGUGUCACCCCUUUACGCCUCUAGAAACAUCCAUCAUUGUUUUAUAUACAUGCUGUAUGUACAUAUUUCACCACACCUAGUGUGUGUGUGAAAAUCAUUGGUACUUUAACUUAACAUAUGUCAUGUAGUAACAUUCAUAACAUGUAAUAUAUUCAUGAUGUAAGUAUAUAUGUCAUGUAGUAACAUUCAUAACAUGUAAUAUAUUCAUGAUGUAAGUAUAUAUGUCAUGUAGUAACAUUCAUAAUAACAUAUAUAAUAUACUUGAUGUAAGUAUAUAUGUAGUAUCUAGUAACAUUCAUAAUAACAUGUAAUAUAUACAUGAUGUAAGUAUAUAUGUAGUAUCUAGUAACAUUCAUAAUAACAUGUAAUAUAUACAUGAUGUAAGUAUAUAUGUCAUGUAGUAACAUUCAUGAUAACAUGUAAUAUAUACAUGAUGUAAGUAUAUAUGUCAUGUAGUAACAUUCAUGAUAACAUGUAAUAUAUACAUGAUGUAAGUGUAUAUGUAGUAUCUAGUAACAUUCAUAAUAACAUGUAAUAUAUACAUGAUGUAAGUAUAUAUGUCAUGUAGUAACAUUCAUAAUAACAUGUAAUAUAUACAUGAUGUAAGUAUAUAUGUAGUAUCUAGUAACAUUUAUAAUAACGUAAUAUAUACAUGAUGUAAGUAUAUAUGUCAUGUAGUAACAUUCAUAAUAACUUGUAAUAUAUACAUGAUGUAAGUAUAUAUGUAGUAUCUAGUAACAUUUAUAAUAACAUGUAAUAUAUACAUGAUGUAAGUAUAUAUGUCAUGUAGCAACAUUCAUAAUAACAUGUAAUAUAUACAUGAUGUAAGUAUAUAUGUAGUAUCUAGUAACAUUUAUAAUAACAUGUAAUAUAUACAUGAUGUAAGUAUAUAUGUCAUGUAGUAACAUUCAUAAUAACAUGUAAUAUAUACAUGAUGUAAGGGUAUAUGUAGUAUCUAGUAACAUUCAUAAUAACAUGUAAUAUAUACAUGAUGUAAGUAUAUAUGUCAUGUAGUAACAUUCAUAAUAACAUGUAAUAUACAUGAUGUAAGUAUAUAUGUAGUAUCUAGUAACAUUCAUAAUAACAUGUAAUAUACAUGAUGUAAGUAUAUAUGUCAUGUAGUAACAUUCAUAAUAACAUGUAAUAUAUACAUGAUGUAAGUAUAUAUGUAGUAUCUAGUAACAUUCAUAAUAACAUGUAAUAUAUACAUGAUGUAAGUAUAAAUGUCAGUAGUAACAUUCAUAAUAACAUGUAAUAUUUUCGUAUUUUUGAUCAUCAUAACGUUUACUUUCCCUUCAACAACCAGACUACUAAUCAUGGCAGACUUGAUGAGAGAAAACAAAGACUACUUUGAGAUAAAUAAUGAUCCAGAAACUUCUAUUUUUGAGCCUGAGUAUAAGGAGGAUGAGUAUAGUAAACCUAAGUAUUCAUUAAGUACCACUGUCACAUUGCACAUAGUGUGAACAGUAGCAUUAUUCAAUGAAGUGAUUCUUUGGCAUACCACUAGAUGGAGCCAGUACUACAGUUUGAGGAUCACUGGUUCUAGUCCUUGUUGCCGCCAACCAAACAAUGGCCACGCCCACCUCCCCGGCCCCGCCCUCUCCUAGCUGUCAAACCUGUUUGUCAUGUCAUACUACUUGUCUACUUCUUCUUCUUAGUAUUUAUUAUAGUCAUCUUAAUGGCACUCAAACAUUUCACUAUUGCAGGUUGCCCCUUAAGGACCUUUUAGAAUAAUCAUAAUAAUAAUAAUAAUAAUACACAAGGUUUGCUGUCUUUAUGCAUUGUAUGUCGUGAAAUAUGGCAAAUAGGAGGUGGCGAACAAUGCAGCUAAUUUUCAUUGUGCCCAUAAAGUCCUCUAAAAACAUGUAAAAAGCAGCAACAAUUCUCCAUGUACAUGUGGUGACAUGAAUAUUGAUGUGCUACUGAGGAGUCCCACAUCCUUGUGUGGAGCUCAGACAACUACAAGGAUCUGGCCACGCUCAAGUUAGGAGAUGGCCAGAAAAACAACAAAAAACCCUUUUUUUUUUAAACAUUUGUGAGGAUUAUGACUACUUGGUGAUGUAAAGGGGAAGAUGUAAACAUGCCAUCAGUCUUUAUCCUAGUGAGAGCAGACAUUGUGCAGUAAGUGAUUGUUUUAUUAUGUUUGUAUAUCUUGUUUAGCACUUAGCAAUACUGCUACAUGAUGCUUAGUGUUUUGUUUCCUCCUUAUGUUCAGGCUCAAAAGUAGAAGUUUCUAGAUCAUCAAAGUAGUCUUUGUUGUCUCUCUUCAAGUCUGCCAUGAUUAGUAAUCUUCUUCUUGUUAUUGUUGUUGUUGUUGUUGUUGUUGUGAUGCGUCUGUGCAAUUAAUACACCACAGUAUGUUUAGAAAGAAUAAAAUACUUAAAUAUUACAUUUUAGUUACUACAUGACAUAUAUACUUACAUCACAUAUAUAUUACAUGUUAUUAUGAAUGUUACUAGAUACUACAUAUAUACUUACAUAAUGUAUAUAUUACAUGUUAUUAUGAAUGUUACUACAUGACAUAUAUACUUACAUCACGUAUAUAUUACAUGUUAUUAUGAAUGUUACUAAAUACUACAUAUAUACUUACAUCAUGUAUAUAUUACAUGUUAUUAUGAUUGUUACUAGAUACUACAUAUAUACUUACAUCACGUAUAUAUUACAUGUUAUUAUGAAUGUUACUACAUGACAUAUAUACUUACAUCAUGUAUAUAUUACAUGUUAUUAUAAAUGUUACUAGAUACUACAUAUAUACUUACAUCAUGUAUAUAGUACAUGUUAUUAUGAAUGUUAUAUACGUGAUGUAAGUAUACAUGUCAUGUAGUAUUACAUGUUAUAAAUGUUAAUAGAUACUACAUAUAUACUUACAUCAUGUAUAUAUUACAUGUUAUUAUGAAUGUUACUAGAUACUACAUAUAUACUUACAUCAUGUAUCUAUUACAUGUUAUUAUAAAUGUUACUAGAUACUACAUAUAUACUUACAUCAUGUAUAUAUUACAUGUUAUUAUAAAUGUUACUAGAUACUACAUAUAUACUUACAUCAUGUAUAUAGUACAUGUUAUUAUGAAUGUUAUAUACGUGAUGUAAGUAUACAUGUCAUGUAGUAUUACAUGUUAUUAUAAAUGUUAAUAGAUACUACAUAUAUACUUACAUCAUGUAUAUAUUACAUGUUAUUAUGAAUGUUACUAGAUACUACAUAUAUACUUACUUCAUGUAUCUAUUACAUGUUAUUAUAAAUGUUACUAGAUACUACAUAUAUACUUACAUCAUGUAUAUAUUACAUGUUAAUAUGAAUGUUACUAGAUACUACAUAUAUACUUACAUCAUGUAUAUAUUACAUGUUAUUAUGAAUGUUACUAGAUACUACAUAUAUACUUACAUCAUGUAUAUUACAUGUUAUUAUGAAUGUUACUACAUGACAUAUAUACUUACAUCAUGUAUAUAUUACAUGUUAUUAUGAAUAUUACUAGAUACUACAUAUAUACUUACAUCAUGUAUAUAUUACAUGUUAUUAUGAAUGUUACUAGAUACUACAUAUAUACUUGUUUUUAUAAAUGUUACUAGAUACUACACAUAUACUUACAUCAUGUAUAUAUUACAUGUUAUUAUGAAUGUUCCUAGAUACUACAUAUAUACUUACAUCAUGUAUAUAUUACAUGUUAUUAUGAAUGUUACCAGAUACUACAUAUAUACCUACAUCGUGUAUAUAUUACAUGCUAGUUACUACAUGCUAUAUGUACUUACAUCAUGUAUAUAUUACUUGUUAGUUACUGCAUUACAUAUGUACAGUAUUAUCAAAUGUUGAGAGUUUUUUUGGGAAGGCGUUACCUCCAUUUGCUGACUCUUUCUAGCUUUCAUUUAGGAGUUAGAAUGCAUAAGACGUGGUGUUGUCUGAUUGUGAAGGAUAGACAUUUCUUUUACAAACCCCGUUUCCGUAUGAGUUGGGAAAUUGUGUUAGAUGUAAAUAUAAACAGAAUACAAUGAUUUGCAAAUCCUUUUCAAGCCAUAUUCAGUUGAAUAUGCUACAAAGACAACAUAUUUGAUGUUCAAACUGAAACUUUUUUUUUUUGUUGCAAAUAAUCAUUAACUUUAGAAUUUGAUGCCAGCAACACGUGACUAAGAAGUUGGGAAAGGUGGCAAUAAAUACUGAUAAAGUUGAGGAAUGCUCAUCAAACACUUAUUUGGAACAUCCCACAGGUGUGCAGGCUAAUUGGGAACAGGUGGGUGCCAUGAUUGGCUAUAAAAGCAGCUUCCAUGAAAUGUUAAGUAAUUCACAAACAAGGAUGGGGUGAGGGUCACCACUUUGUAAGCAAAGUGUGGAACAGUUUUAGAACAACAUUUCUCAACGAGCUAUUGGAAGGAAUUUAGGGAUUUUACCAUCUACGGUCUGUAAAAAUCAUCAAAAGGUGCAAAGAAUCUGGAGAAAUCACUGCACGUAAGCGAUGAUAUUACGGACCUUUGAUCCCUCAGGCGGUACUGCAUCAAAAACCGACAUCAGUGUGUAAAUGAUAUCACCACAUGGGCUCAGUAACACUUCAUAAAACCACUGUCAGUAACUACAGUUGGUCGCUACAUCUGUAAGUGCAAGUUAAAACUCUACUAUGCAAAGCCAAACCCAUUUAUCAACAACACCCAGGGAUGCCGCCGGCUUCGCUGGGCCUGAGAUCAUCUAAGAUGGACUGAUGCAAAGUGGAAAAGUGCUCUGUGGUCUGACGAGUCCACAUUUUAAAUUACAUUUGGAAACUGUGGACGUGCUGUCCUCUGGAACAAAGAAGAAAAUAACCAUCUGGAUUGUUAUAGGUGCAAAGUUGAAAAUCCAGCAUGUGUGAUGGUAUGGGGGUGCAUUAGUGCCCAAGGCAUGGGUAACUUACACAUCUGUGAAGGCACCAUUAAUGCUGAAAGGUACAUACAGGUUUUGGAGCAACAUAUGUUGUCAUCUAAGCAACAUUAUCAUGGACGCCCCUGCUUAUUGCAGCAAAACAAUGCCAAGCCAGGUGUUACAACAGUGUGACUUCAUAGUAAAAGAGUGCGGGUACUUUCCUGGCCCGCCUGCAGUCCAGACAUGUCUCCCAUGGAAAAUGUUUGGCGCAUUGUGAAGCAUAAAAUACGACAGCGGAAACCCGGACUGUUGAAGGACUGAAGCUCUACAUAAAACAAGAAUGGGAAAGAAUUCCACUUUCAAAGCUUCAACAAUUAGUUUCCUCAGUUCCCAAACGUUUAUUGAGUGUUGUUAAAAGAAAAGGUGAUGUAACACAGUGGUGAACAUGCCCUUUCCCAACUACUUUGGCACGUGUUGCAGCCCUGAAAUUCUAAGUUAAUUAUUGUUUGCAAAAAAAAAAAAGUUUAUGAGUUUGAACAUCAAAUAUGUUGUCUUUGUAGCAUAUUCAACUGAAUAUGGGUUGAAAAGGAUUUGCAAAUCAUUGUAUUCUGUUUAUAUUUACAUCUAACACAAUUUCCCAACUCAUAUGGAAACGGGGUUUGUACAAUAAAGUUACAGAACUUGCUUUUAGGAACUUUGUGACUCAAAUUGAAAGGACAGUUUCACUUGACGGCAUAUAAGGACACUUGUUUACCUCUCCAGUGCUGUUUUUGUUUACCUCUGUAGUCCAGUUCUAGUAGCAUGUGUUAGUAGCAGACAUGGUCCUACAUGCACUACUUCUCCCUCCCAGUAUUAUUAGCUUUUUACUUGUAUUCCUCUCCUCCACUCAUCAAUUAAAUGUUUUGGAUUUGA